GAGGGUUGAAGGGUAAAUCAUUAACGCAACUUAAUUUUGCAGUCAUAUAUCCGUUAACCUGAAAGUUUUCUGCUGCGAUUUGAGGAAGAAGAGUAACAGAGAAGAUGAAGAUUUUCAUCCUGGUCUUUUCAGUUUGCUCAUGUCUGACUGUGAGGGGCAUAAAAUUAUGUCUUUCCCCAAGUGUGCCAAACGCCGAGCCUACAAAUGAUUUAAAGCUCUUCUAUAUUUCCGGAGAAACUGUUAGAUUUGAAUGCAACAGCGGCUAUGGGUUUGAAGGAACACGUUAUGCAGUUUGUGAUAAUGGAAAGUGGAGGCUACCAGUGUGUAAAAACGCAUCAUGUACCGCUCCACACGUGGCAAACGCCAAACCUGAAAAGAAGUUAGAAUCAUCCUAUGCAAGUGGACACACUGUUAGAUUUGUAUGUGACAGGAACUAUGAGUUUGAAGAAACAUCUUAUGCAGUUUGUGAUGAUGGAACAUGGUGGCUGCCAGUGUGCAAAGAGAAAACUUGGUGUAUUCCUCCUCACGUGCCAAACGCCCAGCCUACCCAGGAGUUAAAGGAAUCCUACCCUCCUGGUUCCACUCUGCGGUUUCAGUGCAACGUCGCCUACGAGUUCAAAGGAAUAAGUGACGUCGCAGUGUGCAAAGAUGGAAAAUGGAAUUUGCCGGAGUGCAAAAGAAAGCAUUACUCUUGUGAUCCCCCUCCUCGUGUUGACUACGGGAUGAUUAAACAACCUUACCAGGAUGCUUUCGAACACGGGCGGCGGCUCGAGUAUGUUUGUGCAAAAGGAUACGCGUCAAGCGGCGAUAAAUAUAGUACCUGCUCCUACGGCAAAUGGACCAAUACGAUUAAAUGCGAAAAAAUAACGUGUCCUAAACCACCACGAGUGCAACAUACAGAAGCUGAGGAGUUAAAAAACUCCUAUGACAUUGGAGAGACGAUUCGGUUUAGGUGCCGCCCCAGCUACGAGUUCGAAGGCAGUGAUAUUGCAGAGUGUGUAGACGGAUCCUGGAGUCUGCCAGUGUGUCGACCUCGACGUGUAUCGUGGUGUAACCAACCACGUGUCCAAAACGGCCAUCAUGCAGGCCGUUUAGCAUCGAGCUAUGCUACAGGAAGCUUGGUAAAGUUUGUAUGUGACGACGGCUAUGAGUUUGAAGGAACACAUUAUGCACAGUGUGAUAAGGGACAAUGGACGCUGCCUGUGUGUAAACAAGCAGUGACCGGCGGCCAUGCUGUUUCUGACAAAAAAGAUCCGUCUUUAUCCGGCCUUGAUUGUGGAACUCGACCCCUUAUUGAAAAUGGAGACAUCAUAGAGCAACAAGGUGGAAAUAAAUUACUUGUUCAGUGUAAGGUCUUAUAUAAAAGAGUGGGACCUGAACAGGUAACAUGUGAUUCUGGAGUGUGGACGCAGCUCCCAGUGUGUAAACCGCCAUGUAAACUGGACAGGACGCGCUUUAAUUCUCAAUAUCAUCCUGACGUAUAUCUGCAGGAGGGUGAAACGAAGACUUUUUACUGUACUAUAGGAUACUACAGUUGGUAUUCUAUAACCAUCCGGUGCACUAAUGGAGAAGCCGUCUAUAGUGAUUGUCACUAGAGCUGGCGAUCUGUAUCGACGGCUCGAUCGGACAAACCGACACCCGCAAAGCUGAAAAUAUGCUAAGAAGGAAAAGUCUUCCAGAGACUUAACUUAACUACAGUGAAACGACAAAAUAAGGAAAAUGUAAUAAAAAAUAAAUAAAUAACAUGGCUCAUCUGUGAAGAUGGUGGAUUGUUACAUGAAAAAAGAACAUCAGAUCUGCUAAAUCAAUAAAUCUUAUGUUUAGGGAUA